AUGGAAGAAUGCCUCCCUAAUUUGGUGCGUGUCGGGGUUGAAGAUACGAUCGAAGCUCAAGAGGAAGACGGGUCGAAUGACGUAUUGGGUGAGAAUGACUCAGAGAAAGUCGACGAAAUGCCCCUGCAUGUUGCUGCUGGACACUGCGCUAUCACCACUGGGGUUAUUCGAGUCCCACUGUUCGUCUAUUCUGAUGCUACUACUGAUAAACUCCUCGCCGCACCGUCUCUGAAUCAGGAUUCCAAAGGCCAGCAUAUGUAUUUGGAGUUCGAGAUGAAGGCGUGGACGCCUCGAGGUGAUGGAACUGCUGAAGACAGCGUGGCAUGA